AAUUACAUCUAACCGUAACUGAAACUUCUUGUUAUUUGUUUUCCUUUCGAAUUCAACAAAUUUUAAGAAUGUCCUUAAUGCUCUUAAAAAUUAAAUUUUAGCGAUUUUCAAAUAAUAACUUGUAAAUUCUGGCAAGCUCGAAUAAUACACGUUUUAAUUAGGAAUCAAAAUAAAUAAAUAUGGGAUUAAUAUUGCUGAGUAGAUUCAACAUAUUGAAGUUUUGUUAUUCUGGAAAUUUUAAACAUACCAUGCAAUUCAAAUAUGCUGCUCCAUGCAAUAUGAAAAGAAGUGAACAUUCUUUUUCUGCAAAACUUAUCAAAUUUUCAAAAAAAUAUCUUUUUACUCACUCUUCUACAAAGAAACGAAUGUCAAUGCAAUCUAAGUUAUUUGGAAGCCUUUUAUGUGCUGGUUUAAUAACACCUCUUAAAUUUUCUGUGGUUUUUUGUGCUAGUCCACAUUCAAGAUUAGUCAACUUGAAUAGUUUAGAAAAUUUACAUCAAGAAGCCAAGUUUGAUUGGAAGAAGUUUUAUACAAUUAUCAAAAGUGAAGUUUGGUAUAUUUUAUGUGCUGUUGUGAGUGCUCUUGUAGUUGCUCUAUUGAAUAUCCGUAUUCCAAUUGCAUUGGGUGAUAUGGUAAAUGUUAUCUCUUCUUUCUUAAACGAUGAGUACUUUCAAAGAGAUACAGCAACUUUCUUGAGUGAGUUACGAGAACCAGCUAUACGACUAGUUUAUAUGUAUUUAAUUCAGAGUCUCUUUACUUUUGGCUAUAUUUCUAUACUUUCUGUUUCUGGUGAAAGAGUGGCCCGUAAUAUGAGGCGUGAACUGUUUUCUUCUGUGAUUGAGCAAGACAUUGCAUUUUUUGAUGCUCAUAAAACUGGGGAAAUUUCUAGCAGAUUAACUAAUGAUGUUCAAGAGUUCAAAAGUUGUUACAAACUUUGUAUAUCUCAAGGUUUAAGAAGCAUUGCUCAAACAACUGGUUGCAUUGUCUCAUUGUAUUUAAUAUCACCAAAAAUGACAGCUUUAAUGGUUGGUGUUGUACCUGUCAUUGUUGUGGCUGGUACUUUUAUUGGAAGAAUAUUGAGAAAAAUGUCAAAACAGGCUCAAUCUCAGAUUGCACAAGCAUCAGCUGUUGCAGAUGAAGCUAUUGGUAACAUUAAAACAGUUCGUGCAUUUGCCAUGGAAGAAGCAGAAAAAGAGCUUUACUCUAACCAAGUCGAUGAAGUUAGAAAAUUAAACAGCACAUUAGGAGUAGGCAUUGGUCUAUUUCAAGGACUUGCUAAUCUUGCUCUAAAUGGUAUUGUGUUGGGUGUUUUAUGCGUGGGAGGAUCUUUGAUGUGCUCUGCUGAAAUGACUCCUGGAAGCAUGAUGGCCUUUCUUGUUGCCACGCAAACUAUACAAAAAUCCCUUGCUCAUCUGUCCUUAUUAUUUGGGCAGUUCAUUCGUGGUUUAGCUGCAGGUGCAAGAAUUUUUCAAUACAUGAAUUUAUCUCCAGAGAUACCUUUGAAAGGAGGGAAAAUAAUUGAGGAUACUGAGCUUUAUGGAGAAGUACAAUUUUGUGAUGUUACUUUUAGAUAUCCAUCAAGACCUAAUCAGGCUGUUUUGCAACAUUUUGAUUUAACUUUGCCACCUAGAAAAAUGGUUGCCUUAUGUGGAGUUUCUGGUGGAGGAAAAUCAACUGUUGCUAGUUUACUUGAGAGAUUUUAUGAUGUGGAAAAUGGAGCAAUUAAAAUUGAUGGAGUUGACAUUAAAUCAUUGGAUCCUUGUUGGCUUCGAGGGAAAGUUAUAGGCUAUAUUGAUCAGGAGCCAGUUUUAUUUGCUACUUCAAUUAUGGAAAAUAUAAGAUAUGGGAAACCUGAUGCUACUGAUGAUGAGGUCAUAGAAGCUGCUAAGUUGGCUAAUGCACAUGGUUUCAUAUCUCAUUUCAAUGAUGGGUACAAUACUAUUCUUGGUGAACGUGGUGCGACGGUAUCUGGUGGUCAAAAACAAAGAAUUGCUAUAGCUAGAGCCUUAUUGAAAGACCCAAAAAUUUUAAUACUGGAUGAAGCUACUAGUGCUUUAGAUGUAGAAUCAGAAAAAGUUGUUCAAGAAGCUCUAGAUUAUGCUGUUAAAGGUCGUACUGUGCUAGUGAUAGCUCAUCGUCUAAGUACAAUCCAAAAUGCAGAUUUCAUUGCUGUAGUAAAAAGAGGCCAAAUAGUUGAGAUUGGAAAUCAUAGUAGUUUGUCAAAAAAGAAAGGUCUUUAUUGGAAUUUAGUGAAGCAACAAUCUAAAGAAGAACUGUGAUUUAAAUCAAAGUGUUAUCUGUAGUCAAUUAUUUAUAUCAUCAUAUUUAUUACAUUUCUAUAAAUUGUGUAAUAUAUGUUAGUUUUCCUAAAAAUGACACUUAAAGUAUCUUUGGGAGAAGCUCUUAUGUGAUAUAAAAAGUUUGCAGAAUUGUUUUAGAAAUAGUACAAUAAGUGAAACUACUUUUUAUUAAGCUAAUGAUUUUAUUAACACUUUAAUCAGAGCUAAAGGUUUUAAAUUUAUGAAUAUUUUAUAGUAUUCCCUCCCUAUAAGGUAUUAAAAAUUGUUUACAUGCAAUAAAUUUUUUGUUUGGCAGUUAAGGAACUAGUUAAUUUCAUAAUCUCAGAUAUUUAUUUUUCAGAAGCUACUGGUGAGAAUUUUUUUUCUAAAUGUUAAAUGCUAGUUGGAAUGUUUAGUGAGAACAUCGCACUAGCAUUGCAGCAAAACUUAAAUUAAAUAUUUAUGAAGCAAAAAAUUAAUUCAAUUAAAACAUUUUUUGAAGUUUCUAGCUGCAGGAGUACAUAAUACAUAAAAAAUUUGCUCCUUCAUAUUGAACAACAGAUGUUUCUGAACGAAAGUUGGCCUUGAAAUAUCUGUAUGGAGUAUAAAUACUUAAUUCUCAUUAAUUUAUGGUACAAUUUAAAGAAAUGGAUUUUGAAGUUUAUUAAUAAAAUUUUUAUUUCUGUGUCUUGCUCUUAA